CACUUCUUCUUUCAUGUGCGCUCGCUAGCAGCCUUCACUCACUGGCGGAGACGAUCAGGACUUCUAAGCUGAGGCGGCGGCGGCAGCUACGAGGCAAGACGCCAGGUGCAAAAGGGCCAGCGAUGGGCCGCCCCCUCUCCGUGGGUCAUGCGCCGUCGACGAUGAGCCGCAGCACAACUACGCUUGCGCUUGGUGGCCUCGCCAUCACUCUCUCUGCCUGCCUCUCCUCUCUCUCCUCGGCACAGGACACGCCCAGGCCAGUGUCCGUCGACGCCCCCUGCAAGCUACACUAUACUCGCUUCCAUCUCCUGAUCACUGUGCCACCGCUUUGCCUUCUCUACCUCGCCUCGCGGCCUUUUUCCACCUCUCUCGACCAUGCCAAACUCGUCCUGCUCCCCAUCAUUGCCUUUGUCUGGACAACACCCUGGGACAACGAGCUGGUACGCAACGGUGCUUGGUGGUAUCCAAAGACUUGCGUUCUGGCCCGUAUAGGCUACGUGCCCGUCGAAGAGUAUGCAUUUUUCAUCAUCCAAUCGCUCAUGACGACGCUCCUGACAUCGCUCGUGACGCGAUGGUCGUCUCCCGCCUGUCAUCCUCGACGCGUGUCUCGACUGGCCGUGGCCACGGUGCCGGCGUUGGCCUUCCUCGCUGCCAUUUUCUCCCUCUUUUCGCCCGGCGGCUUCGACAAUCGCUACUACCUCUCGAUGAUUGUCUGGUGGGCCGCUGUGCCCUUACUUCUGCUCUGGUGGGGUACGGCGCGCUCAUGGAGCGGCAUGCUCGGCAGGCCAAAGGGCCUCGUCUGGCUCGCCUGCCUGCUCCUGCCCACCGUCUACCUCUGCUCGGCCGACGUCUACGCCCUCCGACGGGGCACUUGGCACAUUGCUGAGAGCAAGAGUCUGGGCAUCUUUGCCGUACCCGACUUGCCGAUCGAGGAAGCAUUCUUCUUCUUUGUCACCAACCUCAUCCUCAUCAGCGCCUCCUUUGCCUUUGAUCGCGUCAUCUAUGAAUGCCGCAGGCGCACCCUCUCCGACUCGCGCGCCAAUGCGACUCCCCUCUCGCCAUCCUUCAUGCCCCUCAACCUCGAAUCAAUCCUCCAGCUCUGGCAUUCCUUUGUCGAGCUUGACCAAGACCGUUCGAGCAAAGGCAAGGAGGCCGAAGCGUCUCUGCGAGCAGCAAAGGCCAAGGAACAUGCCGUCAAGAUUCUCCUGCGCGCCUCCAAGAGCUUUCACGCCGCAGCCAAACUGCUACCGUGGGAUCUGCGAGAAGACCUCAGCUGUCUCUACGCCCUGGCAAGGGCAAUGGACGACUAUGUUGAUGAUCCCUGCACAUCAGGCGAUCGCCAGCCCACCCCGGAUGGGCGCAGUCGCAUCGCGAUGCUCAGGACCCUGGUCGAAGCCACCUUCGACCCCAAUGCAUCACGUACCGACAUCGAAAAACGGCUCCAGCACUUCUCCGACGAUGCGCUGGGCACCAGCUCUGCUCGGCACCGCAUCGACCUCAUCACGUCGGCCUUGGCAGUCUGCGAUCUCCGCUUCAUUGUGCCGGUCUCUCUCUGGCAGGAACUCAUCGACGGCUACGCAAUCGAUCUGGGCGAAGACACUUCGGGAUCGUCCCAAUUUACCACUUUUGAGCACCAGGCUCACUACGCUCAGUGUGUGGCUGGCAGCAUUGGCGAGAUGUGCACGCGCGUUGUGCUAGCACGGAGCGGCGUUCUCGUCUCUCGUGACUACAAGGUGUCCCGUGUGCUCGAGAAGGAGGCGAUGCUAAAAAUCAAGUCGCGGCAAAGGGAGAGCUUGAAGUUGCCCUCGUUGACCAUCAGCAAAGGAGCCAAGCCAAUGGCGCCAGAGGUCGUAGCAGAGAUCCUCAAGGACGCACGGGCGAUGGGUGUCAGCCUCCAGCUCGUCAACAUCGCCCGCGACGUCGUCAAGGACUCACUUGAACUGCGCCGCUGCUACCUCGUCGUCACCAAGGCCGACGACUGGAUCCGUCAGGGCCUGACCCAAGGGCAUCUAGCGCUUCAGCACCAGACGAAGGAGGAGGAGCAGGUGGAGACGCUCCUCACAGCUGGUGAGACGCUCGUCACGAUGGACGAAAUCUAUGCCCGCAAGCUCGAGCUCCUCGAUGUGGCCCAGGCGCUUUUUGCCGCGACGUACCCGACCAUUGCAAAGAUACCCAGUGCACCGGCCCGAAGCGGGCUGAGGGCCGCCUGCAGUGUGUAUGCGGCCAUUGCAGACGUCAUCCGCCGUGAGGGCCCGGCAGGGUGCGAAGGACGGAGCCGGUCCUCCAAUUGGGAGAGGGCCAAGGUCGCUUUCAGGGCCGUGUACUGCCUGUGAAUGUGUUGAAAGCUGCGCUGUCAUGCUGUGUCUACGUAAUAUCAUCA